ACUACUGUUAUAUAAAGUGUCGACACAGAGUCAACAAAAUGAUAAAUGUCCCCUUGGAAUCGACGCGUCUAUAAUAAAGUUGCGGAUUUAAAAAUUGGCGGAACUAUUAUACAUGUGCUCGGUUUUCCUCUUCGGACUAUUUAUAUAGAAGGACGUGCUUGUUUUGUGUCGCUACCGUCCUGUAUUUUUUUCUGAACUGGUCCGUGCAACUAUUAAAUUCAACUUUAUAAUAUUAAAAAAUACAUAUUUUCAACGAUGACAGAGAAAUAUGGCAGAGAACGAACUUGUUGCGUUCAGGGAGCGUUGGAAACAAGAGUUAUCGAGUAAGAAAAGGGAGCCGCGAUUGCCUUGCGUUCCUUCCUCUUCCCGAGAUGUUCGUGAUCAGUUAGGCCGGAGAGACUUAAUAAAUCUUAAAAAGGCCGAUAGUCCGUCUAAACCAGCAGAAGGUGGUUGCACUGAGGAGGAAGGAUGCGUUGACGGAGGAGAAAAACCUGCCGCUGCUGCUGCAGAGACAGAGGUUCAGCCUCAGUAUGUCUCCAUUGCAAGUAGUUUGCUGGAUGGGAGAACCAGCCCUCUGCUGGACAGAAUUCAGGAGGAGAGAACUAGGAGGAAGAGGCUGUAUGAUAACAUGACCAAUAUCUGCAGCGCAUCUUUCCAGCAGCCUCAGAGGAAGGUCAAGAAAGAAGAAGAGCUGGUAGACCAACUCAUUCAGGAUCUGAAUGAAGUCAAUGACAUUCCCUUCUUUGACAUUGAGUUACCGUACGAGAUAGCCUUGAAGAUAUUCCAGUACCUCAACUGUGCAGAGCUUGGCCGAUGUGCCCAGGUGAGCCGGGCAUGGAGAGUGCUUGCAGAGGAUGGCGCUCUGUGGUUCAAGUUGUGCGUGAGGGAGGGUUACCAUCAGGAUGCCAGCAUGUCCGACUCGCCCUGCUGGAAGAGCAUGCUGCGAGACUGCAGGAACUCGGCUAAAACUGUACGCUUCAACUGGAAGAAUCGAGUGGGAUCCAUCAGCCAGCUGCAGUUCGAGUUGGGGAAGGUGCUGUGUGACGUCAGCUCCUGUGAAAACUUCGUCUUCGCUGGGUACACGUCUGGUGAUGUGAGGCUGUGGGAUACCCUGCACUGGGACUCUACAGCUUCCUACCUGAAGGCCAACAGUCUGUCUGCUAACACUGAGCCUAGACCGCAUGUUAGUCACGUCCAGGUCAACAGCACAGUGGCUGCUGCUGCAUAUGAAGAUGGUUGUGUAGACCUGUGGAGCACAGAGACGGGUGGGGAACCCAUCCACCACUACCAGACUCCAGGGAGGAUCCAGGCUCUGGCUUUAAGCUCUGACAGCCCCGUCCUGGUCUCCGCCACUGGAUCAGAUGUUCGGCUUGACUGUGCAAAAGACUGCGGCUACUGGAGGACAGUGUGCCAGACUCAGUUACCCAAGACUGUGGAGAGCGCGACUCUGGUGUCGGGUAGGGCACAGCAAAGCCCGUUGGCAGCUCUGGCAGCUGGGGAGGCCGUGUACCUGCUGGACCCGCGGGGGGAGGAGCCAGAGUUGCUCCACUCGGUCUAUGGCCAUCCUGUUACCUGCUUGGAUGCCUCAGACUCCCAUGUUGCAUUUGGGGUGAAGCGCACAGGCUGGUCCAUGCAUGAUGGAGGGAACAAGAUCCACGUCUACAGCCUAGAGACGCUUAAACCGGCAGUUUGUGUCGGCAGCUCGCCGGGAGAUUUCACCUGCAUCAACCUGAGAGACAGCCCCCCCCAUCUGCUGGUGUGUGGAAACAAAGACAGGAGGGUGAGGGUGUUCGACUUAAGAGCCGGCUCUUCUGUGGCAUCUCUGUACGCCCACCACUUGGGCGUCACCUCGGUGCAGGCAGACGACUGGAAGAUUGUGAGCGGUGGAGGUGAAGGAUUGGUGUGUGUGUGGGAGAUGAGGAUGGCAGCGAAGCUGUGGGAGAUGCACAACAGGCAUCCUGUAAGACAUGUACGCUUCAACACCAGCACCCUAGUAACAGCCAACAUCCCUGAUGACAAGUUACCACGGGGGGCCUGCAUCACAGACGAUGACCUUACAGCUCAUCGAAGACACAGAGGAGUCAUCUGCCACUACGACUUCUCUGAGGAUGCCCUGUCCCAGGAUCACGUUCUGCCCAUCUGCAGGUCUGACUACACAGGGUCGUAUGGCUACAACUACAACAUCAACCUGACAGUGCCUUACGACAGGCUGUCAGGCUCCCAUCCUUCCCAGUGACACGCGGCUUUCCAGAGUGCAAAUGGACUUACUGUAACUGCAUCAGUUUAUUUAAUAGGUCUUUUCACUCUACUCCAAUUGAGGCUAUUAAAAAUUUAAUUUUUCUGUCAGUGUAUUAUAUGCAACUAUUGAGUCCAGCUGCCCAAGUGAAAUACAGGUUGACAGCUUUGAAAAUUAUUACUGUAAAUUAAUUUUUGUUUUCUGCCUCUUGAGUUUGAUGUAGUGCAACAUCAUAGCAAUAAAAAGUCAUUUUUACCUGAUUUACUACAGGAAUUCAUUUAGAUAUUUAAAAAAGAAAUCUUGCACAAGCGUUGGUUUGUUUCACAUGUA